CCAUACAGUUCCCACCGUAACCCGCCCUUGGUUAGAGCGGGACAACUACAGUUUGCAACUUCAAUUCAUAAUAGGGAUAAUACAGGAAGACCAAUUUAAUGCGUUACGUUCGUUCAUUCAUUGUCAUUCUGCGUACGAGUGCUGUCCAGUGCAGUCGUGUCUGGACGACUGGUCGUGUAUAAGCGACUGGUGAAGUUUAUAAGCGAAAUAAAUAGUGAAAAAAUGCCGUGCAGUGAAGAUGAUGAUUCGCAAAACGGUUUUGCGGAGCAGCCAAUUUCAAAAGCGGAGUUGCGAAAGACCAACAAGCCGAUCAUGGAAAAGAAACGACGCGCGCGCAUCAACAACUGCCUCAACGAGCUCAAGGACUUACUCAUGGAUCCUGAAAAGGACCCAGCCCGCCACUCCAAGCUCGAGAAGGCCGACAUCCUCGAGCUCACCGUGAAACACUUGCAGACCCUUCAGCGUCAACAGCUAGCCGCGGCCAUCGCCGCCGACCCCGCCGUGUUACACCGAUUUCGAUCUGGAUUCGGAGAUUGCGCUGUCGAAGUCCGGAGAUACCUGUCCAGACUUGCUAGCGUCCCUACUGGAUUGAGACACAGACUGGGAAAUCAUCUUACCUCCUGUAUAAAUGGGAUAGAACGCCUACACAAACCAAAAGACUAUCCAGCUUUAGUCCCCGACCCUUUAAGAUUGGACGACGAAAGACCCAGCGCUUUCCACUGCGUUCGAGCUACACGACCAACAAGUCCACCCCUAAGCCCCCUCUCAUGCGACUCCGCCUGCGAUUCGUCCACAGAACUUGAAACUCCACCACGACCAGUACAAAAAUUCCCCUUCCCAACACCACCCAGCAGAUCAGCGUCAGACCAAGACAGCAGUCCAGAAACACAAAAGCCGACAGUAUCCUCCACUACAAUUACUCCAGAAACUUUAAAGCAAGAAGCUUUAAGAAACAAGAAAUAUAUGGAGCCGUUAUCAAUAGUCAUAGACGUGGAAAACUAUAAGAUUGGAAUCGACGCGUCACCGAAGCGCGCUGUUGACUACUCCAUAAGGCAGAAGCUAAAAAGAUCUGUGACUGAAACUAGUGGACCUGCGUUAAAGGUCUUAAGAUUAGAGCCAGAAAGACCUGUAGAAAAACUCUAUGACUUGUCAACACCAGAGAAACGAGCACCACCUAUAUACCCCAUAAGGUUAACGUUACCUGAGAGCAUACCAAGUGCAGUAGAAAGGCCGUCAUUUGAAAGACCUGUCAGUUCUGUUAUCACACAUACAGCGGAGUCUUUGGCGCAAUCUAGUGUGACACAGGAAAAGGUAAAGAAAGAAGCGGACACAAGUUCAAAGUCUCCAGAACAGGGGACGUCUACAGAAAUGUGGCGGCCUUGGUGAUGAUCCGCCUAUAUGCGUCCCACUUGCUGGGCACUGGGAUUCAAAAGUAUAUCAUAUAGUAUAGUCCCCAUGCUGGCCCAAUGUGGGAUGCCAGAAAAACUAUUGAGAGUGUUAUGCCAGUGGCGUUUAAAACCAUGUACUUACUGCAAUUCCCUGGUACCUAUUUACCUUAAGUCAGUAUUUCUCUGUUGAUGAAAAAGGAAAAAAACAGUGUUAAAGAGACAGAAAUAGCAAUAUCAUAAUUAAGAUUUUAUUGGCCAUUUGUUUGAACUAGGAUAAGUUUUUUAAUUAAUGUGUUAAAACAGCUUUAAAUUACCUAUUUGGUAUUCGUUUGUUGUAUUAUAGAAAGCUUUAAGCAUUUACCUGUUGGUAUUUGUUUUUAUACAAAAUAUUAAAUAUUUCGUUUUAUCCUUCCUUGGCUUUCAUUUCGAAACGGAAUAAACAAAACACAAACCAUUAUAUUACAUCAUUUUUAUUGACAAGCACAGCACAUCGUUUGUAUUGUAUUCAAUGGGAAAUCAUAAACAAUCAAAACCUUGACACUACGUAAUAAGGUACACUUUUAUUAAAAAUAAUAAUCAGCCUUAGAACCCUCCGAGCUCAAAAACUGCGGUCGGAUAUGUUU